CCACGCCCUAGCCACACCCUUACCUCGCCCACACCAGCCCCAAGCUCUGCCUCCAUCUUAGUCGGACUUUGGCCGUCUCUGACUAUCCCAGCCCCACCUGUGGGUGGGUAGGCUCCUGCGCCCUUCCUCGCCUGCAGGUUCCAGCUUCUGCAUUCUUGUGUUUGCCAUGCUGUUUACUCGUGGAGCCCUGUUCAGGAUAUCUAAAGUUGAAGUCCAACUUUCUUCAGUAUUCCUCCAUCGCCCUGCGCCCCCCUCCCCUCUACACUCCCCAGUUCUGGUCCCCAGCCCCAGGACUGGCCUCCAUCACGUCUUGUGGCCUCGCUUGUUACAAGACCCCUGCCCAGAAAAAUCCGGGAGUCUUCUGAACAAGAUUUUGAGAGUGGGACUUUUGACAGCACGAUUAAGACCUGAGCUGGGCAGAGGCAGGAAACCCUAAUCCAAAGCCCUAGGGAGAAGGAGAAUAAAGAUAACACCAUUACAGCAUAUAAACCCUUAAAGGUUUGCAAAACACCUUACACUUGCUUGGUACCGAAUUUGUUUCUUACAAAAAACCUGUAAGCGCGCCUACCAAAGGGGCUCGAUUACCAGCCUCCAAGAGUUGACCCCAAACCGCUUAGUGCCCGGGACCGCAGAGACUUUGCGCUUUGCAGGAGUCCUAGAAUCAGCCAAAGAGAAAGUUUUCUCUUUAAGUGAGACUCCUGAAGGAAGAGGAAGAAGAGUCUUUUACCUGCCUCAUUCAGCCUCAUACCCUUGUGUUCCAAUUCAUCUCCGGACUGGGUCCAUCGCCGGUCCCAAGGACAUCAGUAUAUUGCAGGACAUAUAGUUGCAUUUAAAUGAAUUUAGAGGUUAAAGGAGUUUCUGCUUCCCCUAAGAGUCUAACCCAGCAAGUCUCCAGAAACAAGAAGCAUACGCAAGGAUGGAGACCCAGAUUAUGGGCAAGCCAUAGUUCACGUCCUUCUGAUGUGCCACAACUUGAUUUGGGGAGACUGGUAGACUCCAAUGAUGAGGAUGGUCCUACAGGUUUUCCUCUUAGUAUAGUUCAUCUUAACUUUGAUGCACCCUAUUCAUCUUCAGCUAUUAGCUGGGGCGUGCGCUUGCCUUAUACUGAUGAUCUUUCAAAUGAGCAGAAAAUGAUACCAGAAAAUUUGCCAUCCCCAACCCAGAAAUACAAGCAAAAAUAUCAGCAGUAUGAGACAGAAAUGAAAGAAGGAUAUAAGUGGUAUAGUCAGAUAAAUUCAGAGAAGAAACGACCAAAUGUUCCAUGGCAGCAGCCUCCAGAGAUUAUGGAUAGAAUGAAUGCACAAGUUGAAGAACAGGUCAAGGACAGUGUGACAGCUUUGGACAGGAAAGCUCUUUUGCAGCAAUGUUAUACAAAUAGCCCUUUCAAUAUACAGCAGUGCCAAAAGAGAUCAGAAGCUGAAAUUGUAGCUGCCAAGAAGAAGCAGCAAGCUGUGAUAGAACAAGUAAUGAUUGAUCAAUUAUCCAGAGCAGUCAUCAGUGACCCAGAGCAAAAUUCAAUAAUUGGUAGCCAACAGGUACCUUAUCUUCCUCUUUUCCAAGAGAAGGUGCCUCUACAUCUUAGGAAACGAACACUACAUGAAACAAAGAUAAAAACCCAUUCAACAUUAACUGAAAAUAUGCUUUCGAACAAGUUGCAAUUUGAUGCUCGUAUUUUGUCAAGGAAUGGACGUGAUGCUUGUAGAGAGCUGAUGGGAUUCUUCUUUGCACAUGACAAGUCACUUACCAUAUACGAGUAUCGACAGUUUGGCAGCAAUAGAACAAGUGCACUUCCCUUUAUUUAUAAAGGCAUUUAUAGUCAUCAAUAUGGACGAAGAAAAGGCAAACAGUAUCAACUUCAAGACUUUUAUGUUGGUGCUAACUUGACAUUUUUGAGUUCUUAUCAUCUUAGUCUUCCAGAAAGCAUAAAAGAAAAUCCAUUAAUUACUCUUCGAAUCACACAUGUUGAUCAGCUAACUUUCGAUAGUCUCAGAAAAAAAAUUAUGGAAAAUGGAGAUGGUUUGACUGAACAAGAAGCCAGUGACAGAAGUAUCUUCAAGAAUAUACAAGAUCUAUUAAGAGAGAAAUUACAUGAAAGAGCUGUUCGUAUUCUAACAGGAUUGGGAAAAUACUUCCGGCAUUUGGACAAGAAAAGGAAUGGUCUUCUCUGUAAGGAGGAUUUUAAACAGGCCCUAAAAGUAUUUCACUUAGAGGUGCCUGAAAAGGACUUUGAAGAUUUGUGGUUAAUUCUGGAUAUCAAUGGUAAUGAUCAAGUUGAUUUUGGAGAAUUCAAACGUGCCAUUUUUGGUGAAAUGAAUGAAUACAGAAAGACAUUUCUUCGAAAAGCCUAUAUGAAAUUGGACUUCACCAAAACUGGCAGUGUGAGCAUGGUAGAUAUCAGAAAAUGCUACUGUGCAAAGAAACACCCUCAUGUGAUAUCAGGUUGUGCAACAGAGGAAGAAAUUAAAUCUUCAUUUAUAGAAACCCUAGAGAAUGCCUGUAGUCACCCCCGUGAAGUGUUAUACUGUGAAUUUGAAGAUUACUAUGAAGGACUAAGUUUUGGAAUAUCAGAUGAUGAAGAUUUCAUUACUAUCUUAAGGAAUUCUUGGGGGAUUUAGUUUUGAAAAGUGCACAAAUGAAAGUUUGCCCGCACUGAAAACUUCAAAUGGGAGACAAAUUUAAUGUGAGGUAGUAUGAAAUAUCUUAUUUUUCUGGGACUUCUCUCAAUCCUCAUACACAUAGUUCUUCAAAAGAUAUUGUGUCUGGAAAGGGGAAUAUUUCUAGAACAAGGGCUGUGUUUGUGGGUGUGUGCGAGACGCUGAAGCAACUGUACUGCUUGUCGUUUUGUUGAACACAGCGGAGAUGGUCUGGAGUUCAUUUUUAUCAUUGUCAAUGGGAAAAUUCCAUCUAGAAAGAAAUGCAUAUGAAUGUCUCUGUUGUCAAUUAUUUCUGUCUUUCUCUUCUGCUCUUCUUUCUAUAUCUCUGCCUCUCCAGUUUCCUUCUCCUACCUCCUGAAUAAUUCUCCAACGAAUUUUGAGUAAAUAAAACAGUGCAACUUGUAUUGAAUAUGCUAAAAAUAUUAAAUGAAUGAAAGGCUAUGUAAAAGGAGAUCAUAA